AUGACGACGACACUGGCUACCAUCCUGUCCCGCAACGACUCUUGGGUCUCGUCGUACGGUCCAGCGCACAUCGAAGAGUUCAAAGCGAACGCGCAAGGUCAAUCACCCAAGGUACUCUGGAUCGGUUGCAGCGAUAGCAGAGUUCCUGAAGGCGUCGUCUGCCAAACUGCGCCUGGUGAACUCUUUGUGCACAGAAACAUUGCUGGACAAUUCAACCCCAAGGAUGACUCUGCCAACUCGGUUCUAACGUACGCAGUCGAGGCCUUGGGCGUGGAGCAGAGUGAGUGAUGUUGCAAAGAGAGAGCGUCGGGGUGAGAGGCCCUGGUCUGGGCUUCUAGCAUGCUUUUGUCAGCCAGCAGCGAAGGAUGUGGCUCGACUGCUCUCUACCAAUACAAACUGAUCUGCUUGGGCUUCGCUCUACUUUGCUCUUGCCCUCAGUCGUCGUUGUCGGACACACCUCAUGCGGCGGUGUGGCAGCAUCUCUACAGUGCGCCGCAUCAAAGCAAGACCUCCCUUCGGCUCCUCUGGCUCGCUAUCUCACCCCUCUGAUCAGCUUGGCCGACAAGAUCAGGGCCUCGCCAGAAGCCCAAGGUCUUAGCGAGGCAGAACUCGUACAGCUCAUCACUGAGCGCAGCGUAAAGCAGCAGAUGGAAAACAUUGUAGAGUCUGAUGUUAUCAAGGCCAACUGGGCAGGAAAGAAGAGCGCUUUCCCCGGAGAAGCAAGCAAAAAGGUUGAAGUUCAUGGGUGAGUAUGUUCUAUGCGCCUCCGAUGCCUUGCAAGCAACACCUGCUGAUCUCCCUGCGCCGAAUUGUCCAUAGCUGGGUCCACAACAUCGCAACCGGCAAAAUCACGGACCUUGGUAUCAGCAUUUUGCCUCCGCAAUGA